AUGUCAAGAAUUCCAAUCGCUAAAAGGCCUGAAGAGAAGCCCACUAAGGGUACCCCUGUUCAAGUAUGGGCAAACUUUCUACCCAUUACGAAAUUUCAAUACCCACAAAUUCAAUCAUAUUCUCUAGAAAUUACAAAUCAGAUGAGACAACAAGCAAAUAAAAAAGAUUCAGAAGCUGUAUUUCUUCAAAUGUGCAGAGAAAAAAAAUUUGGUGAAAGAGCUUCACCUGCAUAUGAUGGAAAUUUAGUAUAUUCUGUUACUGAUCUUUGUAACGGUUCUAAAUCUAAGCGAUUUGAUGUAUGUAUAGUCACAGUUCCAGCUCAAGAUGAUGUUGGUCGUCCAAAACGGUUUACUGCAAUACUUAAAUAUUCUCGUCCUUUUGAUCUUAAAGAAAUGAGAGAAUAUAUUAAAGAAAAGACUGAUCAACCUUGGGAUGGAACCAUUCAAAAUAUCUUAAUUGUUCUUAACGCGUUCCUUAAUUCCAAGGUUCGUACUCAACAUUUAACUCUAGGUAGGAAAGCUAUCUUUCCAAAACCUGAUGAAAAUAGACGGCGUUUCUUGCUUGGAGGUGUUGAACUUUUAUCAGGAUACUGGCAAAGUAUUCGUCCUGGAUGGAAUCAAUUACUUAUCAAUGUUGAUAUAUGUCACGCUACUUAUUAUCCAAGUGGUCCAAUGCUUGAAGUUAUUCCAAAAGUUCUUCGUCUAACACCUAAAGAUAAAGAAAAAUCAAAAGAUGAUUUACGAUGUGGACUUUCCAGACAAGAAAUCGAAAUUAUAUCUAGAUUUUUUAAAGAUGUUAACGUAACAACUAGUUAUCGGGGAAAUAAUGGAAUAAAACCAAAGCAUAAAGUUAUACAAAUUACUUUUAAAUCUGCUGAUGAAAUUACGAUAAACUCUCAAGGCAAAAGAAUUAGUGUCACUCAACAGUAUAGGAGUGAAGGUGUUAAUUUACAAUACCCUAUGCUUCCAUGCGUGCAUGCAAAAAAACCAAAAUUCGGAGAUAUAUAUUUACCUUUAGAAAUUUGUGUGGUGAUUUCUGCUUCAAAACCAUUAGAUAGAUUUGAUAGAAUUAGUUGGGGAAAUAAGACUAUUUAUAAACAUUCGACUGAUGAAGCCUUACGAUCUAUAGGAAUGGAAGUUGGUUCUCAAUUUGUUCAAUUACAAUCUCGAGUACUCCCUGCUCCGAAAUUAAUUUCACAUGAAGAAUCUGAAAUUAUUCCACAAUUAGGUUCUUGGGAUUCUAAAAGAUUUAUUAAGGGUGCUGACCUAUUCAAUUGGUCUGUUGUUGUUUUUGAAGAUCCAAAAGUUUUGCCUAGGCCUCAGAAUGUACACACUAAACAACCUAAUAUCACCUAUGGUAAUCCACAAGGAGAUUAUGCAAAAUCGUUAGCAAUUGCUGCUCAAAAUGCAAGAGUUAACCAAAAUAGGCCACCUCAAUUAAUUAUUUGUGCUAUUCAAAGGAAAAUAAAUGGUUCUUCUGGAAUACAUCCACAAAUUAAAAAAAUUUGUGGUGUUGAUUUAGGUGUUGUAUCACAAUGUGUAAUUGCUGGAAAUAUGAAAGGUGAUAUUGUAAAGUGGAGACAAAUUUGCGGAAAUAUUGCUCUUAAAAUUAAUGGAAAAUUAGGUGGAAAGAAUUAUUCACUGGCUAAGAACGAACUCAAAUUCAAGGCAGAGAAAAGAGAUAAGAAAGGUCGCCCAUCUGUGGCUGCUGUUUGUGCUUCGGUGGAUGCCACGGCGACUACAUAUAUUUCUCGUUAUCGUAUGAAUAAAACAUUGAGAAAUGAAAUAAUAGAGACGAUUGAUGAUAUGUCCAUAGAAUUACUUGAAGAAUUUAAAAGAAGAAAUGGUGCUCUUCCUGAUCAAAUUAUAUUCUAUCGUGAUGGUGUCGCAGAAGGCCAGUUCGAAAAAGUUAUGAAUGAAGAAGUUGAAUUGCUAAAACGUGCAUUCGUAAAGUUUUAUUCUCCAAAGCCUCCUCCAAAGCUUACAUUUAUUAUUGUACAAAAACGUCAUCAUGCUCGGCCCGUUGAUCCUAAAAAUUCUGGUCCUAAUGGAAGCGGAAAUUGUCUCCCAGGAACUGUAGUUGAUUCCGGAAUUGUGGUACCUCAAUAUUUCAGCUUUUAUCUACAAUCACAUGCCAGCCCACUUGGAACUGCUAGGUCAACGUACUAUCAUGUGAUAUUGAACGAAGGAGAACGUCCAACAGUUUUAAACGGUGAUUGGCAACGCGUAAAACCUUCUAUCGAAAAUACAAUGUAUUUUGUAUAA